AUGUCAGCCCCCAAUAUCACCUCAACCCAUCCAUCUGUCUUCUUGUUGGUAGGGAUUCCAGGUUUGGAACACCUGCACAUCUGGAUCUCCAUUCCCUUCUGCUUUGCCUAUAUACUGGCCCUUUUGGGCAACUGCACCCUGCUCUUUGUCAUCCACGCUGACGCAGGCCUACACGAGCCCAUGUACCUCUUCCUGGCCAUGCUGGCAGCCAUUGACCUGGUCCUCUCCUCUACGACACUGCCCAAAAUGCUUGCCAUAUUCUGGUUCAGGGAUAGAGAGAUCAAUUUUUAUGCCUGCCUAGUUCAGAUGUUCUUUCUUCACUCCUUCUCCAUCAUGGAGUCAGCAGUGCUGUUGGCUAUGGCCUUUGAUCGCUAUGUGGCCAUCUGCAAGCCACUGCACUAUACCACGGUGCUGACUGGGACUCUAAUUACCAGGAUUGGCAUAGCUGCUGUGGCCCGGGCUGUGACACUAAUGAUCCCACUACCCUUUCUGCUCAAGCGUUUCCACUAUUGCCGAGGCCUAGUGAUCACCCAUUGCUACUGUGAACACAUGGCUGUGGUAAGGCUGGCCUGUGGAGACACUCACUUCAACAAUAUCUAUGGCAUUGCUGUGGCCAUGUUUAUUGUGGUGUUGGAUCUUCUGUUUGUUAUCCUAUCCUAUAUCUUUAUCCUUCGGGCAGUUCUACAGCUUGCCUCUCAGGAGGCUCGCUACAAGGCAUUUGGGACAUGCGUCUCUCAUAUAUGUGCCAUCCUGUCCACCUAUACACCAGUGGUCAUCUCCUCAGUCAUGCACUGAGUAGCUCGCAGUGCAGCCCCCCAUGUCCACAUACUACUUGCUAUUUUCUAUCUGCUUUUCCCACCCAUGGUAAAUCCCAUCAUCUAUGGAGUUAAGACCAAGGAGAUUCGUGAUCACGUGCUCAGUCUAUUCUGGAGAAAGUACAUGUAG